GUUUCCGCUGUUUGAAAUCAUAGACAUAGGAGGAAGACCGUAGGAGGACCACUACAAAUUGUAAACAUCGAGUUGGCCUUGCGGCCGUCUCCCCUUGACUUCAGUUGGUCAAGUAUGAAAAUCAUCGGCGGUGAUUCAAUCUAGAAGCUUGUGAUGGCGGACCCGAGCGACUGUAUCACCCUGGAGAUUUUGAAGGAGGCUCGGGAGACUGUGCGCACCAGUCCCCUGGGAGUCAUAAACACACCGAUGAUCCCAUGGAGUCAGACAACAUUACCACUCAAUGUCCCAUGCAACAUCCACAUUAAGAUGGAGAACAUGCAGAGGACGGGCUCAUUCAAGAUAAGAGGGGUUGCCAAUCAGUUUGCCCGAAGACCAGCAGGUGGCCAUUUUGUCACAAUGUCUGCAGGGAAUUACGGGAAGUCAUUCGCCUUUGCGUCAAAGCACUAUGGAUCCAGAGGGAAAGUAGUAAUGCCAGAAACCGCCCCAGUGUCCAGAUCUAUUCUGAUUCAAAGUUUUGGAGUGGACGUUGAGCGUGUGCCCACCUCUGGCCUGAUGGAUGUGGUGAACCGCUGUGUUCGCGAGGACAACAUGACCUUUCUGCAUUCUUACGAUGACAUGGACCUGAUCGCUGGCCAUGCCAGUCUGGGCUUUGAGAUCCUGGAGGCGGUGCCCAGGCCUGACGUGGUGGUGGUGUGCUGUGGAGGCGGGGGGCUGCUGGCGGGGGUGGCAGCUGCUCUCAAGCUCUCAGGGUGUGGGGGCACAAGAAUCUACGGGGUGGAGCCUGAGGGGGCAUGCACCAUGUACAGGAGCUUCAUUGAGAAGAAGCCAGUCGGUAUGAACACUAAGAGUAUCGCCUCAGGGUUAGCUCCCCCAUUUGCAGGCGCCUUGCCCUAUGAGCUGUGCCAGCGCUAUGUCGAGGACGUCGUCUUGAUAACCGACGAGGAAAUCAAGCGUGCAGUCUCCACUCUGUACCAGGCCGGCCUGCUGGUGGAGCCCUCGGGAUCGGCAGCGUUCGCAGCCGUCGCCAACGGCCGAAUCCCUGACAUCCAAGGGAAGACCGUCAUUGUCAUCUUGAGUGGAGGAAACAUCGGCAAAGACGAGUUGACUAACUUCCCUGACUGAGGCGUACCAAUCAAUUCCGAUCAUUAACAUCAUGUGAUCAACAGGCCUACAGGGUAUUGUCUUCCUUUCCUCAUCAACAAACCCUCAGGCCCAUUAAAUUAGGAGAUAACAGUUCUGAUCAUUAACAUGAUGAGAUCAAUAUGUUCUUGUGUUCUCUAUGAUAUAGCAAAUAAACAAUGUUCAAUAGGCCAAGAAAGAACAAUAUUUCAGGAUUUUAUCUUAAUUUCCCCAGAAACCAUCCAGACUUUUUUGUCCCCGAAUACAAGUGCAAAUACAUGGAAUAUUCCCACAGAAUUGAACUACAAAAUUAAAGGUUUCUGUUUCA